AUGGCUCGAUUAACCCACAAAAUCAACAAGCGACCGCCGCGCGUUGGCAAGAAGAAGUUGGCAGCACAGCAGAAAGCCGCCGCUGACCGAGCUGCGAAGUUGGCUGCGUUUAAAGCCGCACAGCUACGAGGCGAUUUCGAUGAUGAUGAUGAUGAUGACGAAGCGGAGGACGAUCAAGAUGAAGACGUCGAAAUGUCUGAUGCUCCAGAUUACGACGGUAGCAGUGAUCAUGACGAAGAUGACGAAGAGCUCGGUCCGCGAGAUCCCGCAAGUCAACGAGACGACCAGCAAGAUGACAACCCACCUCAAGACAACAAUUCUGAGACUACCCAUGGUUUAGACGACGAAGAGCUCGAUCAGAAAGAUCCUGCAAGUCAAGGAGACGACCAGCAGGAUGACAACCCCCCUCAAGAUAACGAUAAUACCAAUGGAUCCUAUUCUGAAGAAGCGAAUCAGACCAUUGAUCUCUCAAAUUCCGGUAAUCAGACUACGGUCAUGAAUGAUGCCGAAGAGGAUGAGGACGAUGAUGAUACUCUUAGCGUUACUGAAGAGGAAGAUGAAUUUUAUGCCGAAGACGCUGAGGAGGAUGAUAAUAUCAGCACUGCUGAAGAGAAUGAUAAAUCAGAUGACGAAGAGCUCGAUCCGAGAGAUCCUGCAAGUCAAGAGGAUUACCAGAAUGAUAACAACCCCCCUCAAGACAACAAUUCUACCGAUGGAUACGUUCCCGGGGAAGCAAAUAAGACGAUUGCUAUCCCAUUUUCCAGUAACCCGACUACGGUCGCGAGUGAUACCGAAGACGCUGAGGAGGAUGAUGAUAAUCUCAGCGUUGCUGAGGAGGAAGAUGAAUCAGAGGCCGAAGAGCCUGAUCAAAGAGAUCCUGCAGGUCAAGGAGAUGUUCCAAGCUCUCCACGCCGAAGUGCGUCUCCCAAGAAUCCGUCUGUCUCGAGUUCCCUCGCGCGCGAGGCAUCUCUAGAGCAUUCGUUUUUCUUUCCGAGCACACCCCCGAGCGCAUCCUCCGAGUUCGCCGCGGCUCCAGCCGAAUAUUCCGAUGAUUUCUCAGACGAGGAACAAUCUGGGAUCCCGACUCCUGUCACCCCCACGGACAUCCGUUCCCCGGUCGGGCGUUCAUUUCAGGCGGAGAGAGAGAUCUCAGCCGACAGCCAGGCGGAAGCUGAUGCAGAGUACGAGCAAUCUUACAUCUGGUAUUGGCUUCCGCCUGUCGCCCGUGCAGAUUCCCCCCGAGGAAAGAAGUGGGAUAGCCCAGAGCGACAGCUCCGGAAGAGGCGGGGGGAUUCCAUGGACAAUGUGGGAAGGGCGAGGAAGUCGUACCGGAAGACUCCGGCUCCAAGAGCCACGCGGCCCGCCACGGCGGCAGCUCCCAGUGACGAAGUCCUGGAUGCUGAGGCCGAGGCGCAGUCCGCUGCCGGUGGGGAGCAGAUGGACUGUGACCUCGGGGAAGCCGCGGAGGAGGUUGACGAGGGACGGGUAGACUGCAGGGCCGACGAAGCUGCAGUACACGACGACAAGAUGGUGCCUGACGUCACCAUGAGUGACCCUGCAGUGGAGGCCGUCCUGGAGAUCCUAGGCCGUACUGGGGAGGUCGAUGUGGCGGAGGGUUACUUCGUUCCAGCAGAUGUGCUGGCAAGCCCCUGUGAUGCCACUCCCGACCGUUCCCAGUACGCCCGGACUUCCAUGUCCCCGGCUCGUUGGAUCUCCCGGAGUCCGACUCCCAUGUCCGCGGUGUCCCCAUCAUUCAGAUGGGCACCCUACUCCAGACAUCCCAGCUGGACUACGUACGAUCGUAGCCACGGGUAUGACAAGGAUGGGCUUCUGCGGGGUCUCAACCCCUGGCAUAUCGGCGACUUUAUUGCGUCGAGACGGGAGGGACCCGUGUUGCCCAGCCUCGCACAGGCCAGCACUCCCGAGUCGAUGUCGGAUACGUCUAACGACGAGCCCGACACUCGCGGAGCUGCUGCUGUUGGAGUAGGGUGCGCGGUGCAGGAGGAACCCCUAGGGGAGCAAGGGGCGCAGGAGGCUGAGCCACCGUUGGACGCUCACCGUCCUGCGUCUCCUGCCCCUUCGUCAGGGAAGGCUCCUCGCGAACAUGGGAAGGGUCGCACUGCGGCGAAGGGGGGCAAGCUGGCCAAGGCAAGGGUUGGGGGGACCCGAGCCAGUAUCAGGCUUGCGGGGAAGCGGGGCGACAGCGCGCAGAGACGGAUUCCCGAGACCGCUGAGGAAGAUACAGAGAGCGAGGUCACCGAGUGGGAGCUUAGGGAGCGGGAAGAAAGGGUGCGGAACUGGGGCGAGAGGAGGAGGGGGGGUGCUGAAGUUGAGGAGCCGGGCUCUAGUCCGCUGUUGCUCCCCACACCUUCUUUCAUGGCAUCGAUUUUGAGAGCGGUAGGAGGCGGUGAUGACUAG